UUGUGGAUAGCCUUAUGUAGGAAAGUAUUUAUUCAAAAUGGCCAUUAAAGUAAUAGAAGAAGCAGCUCCAGUGAAACACUUCAAAUCUCCUCUCGAAAUAAACUUGAUCAGACUUCUGCACAGGUGUGAACAAAGAGCUCUUAAUGAGUCACCGGAAGUAGCGACUGAUUGGCGGCAGCAUAAAUACAUUGCAUGUCUCAAAGACUUCCUGAAUAAGUUGCAAAAUGGAAACCCGGUCGAGAAGCCGAGCACAGAAGACCUCAGUGACUACAAACAGAGGAUCGGACUGCUAGAAACUAAUUUACAAACAAUGAAGAAUUCGUUAGACAACGGAAAUAAUUGUGAAGCAGAACAUAUCGAUAAUAAAUACCUGAAACAAGAUGACAUGUUAGACUCUUUGAACCAGACUAUCUCCGAGACGGCAAGCCAAAAGACCCAAAAUAUCACAAAUUCAGAUUCCGAUCACAAAGAGUUCGCCAAAACGGAUCAAAUUAGUUCUAGUAAACAACAUGACAUUUCAGUCGGUGGAGCAAAUGCGAAAAUUGUUAAUGGUAGUUCAACUUCAGGUCACGUGCAAUUGCAAGCCAAAACUUCAGCUCAGCCUUUAAAAGACAUGCGAAACGAACUGCUCCGAAGUAAUAACGCUGCAGUUCGAUUACGUAAUAAAACAGGGCUAGCUGAAGAGGCGGAGGAUUCUGCGACAAAUGAGUCAGUGGAAGCCAUUCUAAAUCGACACCAGGCAGUGCAGGAAAAAAUAGCAGAUGAUAUGCUGAAGUUGGCUCGCAGUUUGAAACAGACGAGUUUGACAGCUAAUGAAAUUAUCAAAAAAGACCAGGAGAACUUGAAUCGGGCUAAUGAUGUGGCGGCUUCUAAUUACGACAAACUCCAAACUGAGACUAUUCGGGUGUCCAACACCAAACCUCUGGGAUGUCAAUGGUGGCUGGUGUUGCCUCUGGGCCUUGUUUGUCUUGUGUUUAUGUGGGUUGUCUUUCUAAUUAAAAUUACUUGAAUUGGGAUUACGAAAUUAAUAGUUAUUUUUGUGUAAUUUAUUAUAAUUUAUAGUUAAUAAUAGCAAUUUGAUUG